AGUUUGUGUUUUGCAACAAAGAUUACUGUUAUCAACAGCUUCCCCUAUGACGGAGUAACAGUAAAAUAACGCAUAAUCAUUCGCGUUUUAAACACAAAAGGAAAACAUGGCGUUAUUUUAGAAAAUUUUUGUGCCACAAAAUCGUGGAAUUAGUGUUCAAUUAAAGCGGAAAAUAAUUUCGAUAGUAAAUAUUCGGAUUAGAAAAAGUGAAAGAUGACGAUGAUUUUUGCGAUUUUCACCCUGGCUUUUGUAGCUUUUAUUCAAGGCAAAGCUAUAGACGAUAAUCUCGUAUCCGACGAAUUCAUUCAAUCGAUCAAUAAAUUAAACACAACGUGGAAAGCUGGACGAAAUUUCCAUGAAGAUAUCGACUUACAAUACUUCAAAACUUUGAUGGGUGUUCAUCCUGAUCACAAAGCUCAUCAAUUGCCUAAAUUAACAACAUCAGUCGGCGAUCAAAUUGAUGACUUACCGGAAGAAUUUGACGCUCGAGUGCAAUGGCCUAAUUGCCCAACUAUCAAAGAAAUCCGAGACCAAGGAUCGUGCGGAUCAUGCUGGGCUUUUGGAGCCGUAGAAGCGAUGUCUGAUCGAGUUUGUAUUCAUUCCAAUGGCACCCAAAAUGUUCACCUGUCAUCUGAAAAUCUAGUAUCAUGUUGUUGGACGUGUGGAAUGGGAUGCAACGGCGGUUUUCCUGGUUCGGCGUGGCGUUAUUGGGUCAAGACUGGUAUUGUUAGCGGCGGUGCCUACGGAUCGAAUCAAGGUUGUCAACCAUAUGAAAUUGCUCCAUGCGAACAUCAUUCGAACGGCACUAGACCUCCGUGCAGUGCCGGUGGUAAAACACCAAAAUGUGAAAAGAAAUGCGAAUCCAGCUACAAAAUCGCGUACAAGGAUGAUUUAAAUUUCGGUGAAAAAUCGUACUCCGUUGAAGCCGAUGAAAAUGCGAUUAAACAAGAAAUUUAUCGUAAUGGCCCAGUCGAAGGAGCUUUCUCCGUAUUCGAAGAUUUCGUGAAUUACAAAAGCGGCGUUUAUCAACACGUUAAAGGAAAAUACCUCGGUGGCCAUGCUAUUCGAAUUUUAGGAUGGGGUGUCUGCAAAAAAACAAAUACGCCGUACUGGUUAGUAGCCAACUCGUGGAAUAAUGAUUGGGGCGAUCACGGAUAUUUCAAAAUCAAAAGAGGAUCGAACGAAUGUGGAAUUGAAGAUGGAAUCAGCGCUGGACUUCCUAAAAUUUUAAGUACCAUGUUCGCGAAAAAACAAAUUAUAUUUUUUUUCAUACUUAUAAUUCAAAAUUUCAUACCGAAUUCGUACGCUUUUAUACAGAAUGGCGUGGUUCACGUUGAAAAAGCUGUCGAGCAUUACAAUAAGGACCCUGGCUCCACUUGGAAGGCUCAUCACAAUCAUAUGAUGAACAAUGUAUCAAUAUCACAUCUGAAAAAUAAACUAGGUUUGCAUCCAGAGUUGAAGGAAUAUCUUUAUGACGAGCAUCACGAUCAUGAACAGCAAUUGCCAGAUUUUUACGAUAGCAGAGAAGCACACCCGGGAUGUCCCUCUAUUUCUUCUAUAGUUGAUCAAUCCAACUGCGAAUCAUGUUGGGCAAUAUCGAUAGCUGCAGCAUUAAGUGACCGAUUUUGUAUCCAGAGUAAUGGGAAAAUAAAAGUCACAUUAUCGAGCGCACAUUUACUAUCGUGUAAUAAAGCCAACGAUGGGUGUGGUGGAGGUGUGAUGGUAGAAGCUUGGAAUUACGUCAAAAAUUAUGGUUUGGUUACCGGAGGAGCUUAUGGAUCAGACGAAGGCUGUCAGCCAUACUUGAUAAAACCAAAAGGAUCAAUAGACCACAGAUACAAUAUUCCACAGUCAACUACACCCCAUUGUCACCACCACCGUUGCUGGAAUCGACGAUACGGAAAACGUGAAGAUGAUACGUACAAAACAUCAAAAACCAUACGAUUACCUCAAGACGAACAAAAAAUCAUGAGAGAAAUUUACUCCAAUGGACCAGUUACAGCCGGAAUGCAAAUAUUUUUACCUUUUAUAUUUUAUAAAUCAGGCAUUUUUCAAACUCAUAAACAGGAAGAAUUAAUCGGUUUACAUGCCGUUCGAUUGAUUGGCUGGGGAGAAGAAAACGGCGUCAAGUACUGGAUCGCAGCUAAUUCAUGGGGCGAUACUUGGGGCCAAGAUGGAUUUUUCAAAAUAAAACGUGGCGAUAACCAUUGCCAAAUUGAGUCUAUGGUGCAUGCAGGACAACCCAUAAUUGAAAUAAAAUAAUACUUAUCAAAUUUUUUACGUAUUGCCCUAUCUACACGACAAGUAUGCAAAUAAGUGGAUAGUAUGCCAUUUAAACUUCACUCAUCGAACAGGAUAACAGAAUUAUAAGAUACAAGUGUCUAAAUAUAGUUUUCGCAACACA